CCAGGGGGUGUUUUAGCUGUGAAGCCUCAAUUUCUCUCUUUCCUCUCUCUCUAUACGUAUACAUACACACGGGGAACCAAAUCUCAUCUGCGAAAACCCCUACAUCGCCUCUGUAUCUCUCACUCUAAAUUAUUGAUUUUCUUCGAUCGUUCGAAUAUCAAUUCAUCGUUUAGAUUUCAAUUACAUAUCAAUUGGAUUCUCAUGUAGACCAAAUUAUAUCGAUCUAAUAAUCUUCAAUUUUCGAUCUAUAAAGGUUAAAGUUGAUAGAUGUUUAUGUAAUUUUUGCAUCUAUAUAGAAGAUUUAGAUACAAUUUAUGUAUGUUAUCGGUUUUUUGAUCUGUAUUGGACGGUGGAGAUUUGAAGGGGAAAUGGAAAGAUUGAUGAAUGAAUCUACCAGAGUUUGAAGAUGCCUGGAUUAGCGAAGAGAAAUGAUCAUCAAUUCAAUAAUGCUACGACAACGUCGUCGUUUUACUCUUUAUCGUGUUCAAAUGGAUCAGUCUCGGCCAAUGGGUUCUGGUCAAAGCAUCGCCACGAUGUUAGCUAUAAUCAGCUCCAGAAGUUCUGGACUGAGCUGUUGCCCCGAGCCCGGAGGGAGCUUCUGAGGAUUGACAAGCAAACCCUCUUUGAGCAAGCUCGUAAGAACAUGUACUGCUCUAGGUGCAAUGGGUUACUGCUCGAGGGUUUUUUGCAGAUUGUUAUGUAUGGAAAGUCUUUGCAGCAGGAUGGAACAGGCAGGCACCUUAUUUGCAAUAGACUAGGAGCCUCAAAAAAUCAAAAUGAUGGGAAUUCUGGUGUGAAUCCUGGCUGCCGAGAUGACGUUCAAGAUCCAUCUGUCCACCCUUGGGGAGGUCUGACCACAACUCGGGAUGGGACAUUGACACUCUUGGAUUGCUAUCUGUACUCUGAAUCUCUCAAGGGACUCCAAAAUGUUUUUGACUGUGCACGAGCGAGGGAACGAGAACGCGAAUUGCUUUAUCCUGAUGCCUGUGGUGGGGGAGGUCGAGGGUGGAUAAGCCAAGGAAUGUCAGGGUAUGGCAGAGGGCAUGGAACCAGGGAAACAUGUGCUCUACACACUGCCAGACUCUCCGUUGACACAUUGGUGGAUUUUUGGUCCGCUCUCGGAGAAGAAACCCGGCAAUCCCUUCUAAGGAUGAAAGAAGAGGAUUUUAUAGAAAGGCUCAUGUACAGGUUUGACAGCAAAAGAUUUUGUAGAGACUGCAGAAGGAAUGUUAUUCGCGAGUUCAAGGAGCUGAAGGAACUGAAGCGCAUGCGGAAGGAAACCCGCUGCACCAGUUGGUUUUGUGUAGCCGAUACAGCCUUCCAAUAUGAGGUAUCUCAUGACACAGUCCAAGUGGAUUGGCACCAAACUUUCUCUGAUACUGUUGGAACAUACCACCAUUUUGAAUGGGCAGUCGGCACAGGGGAAGGAAAAUCUGAUAUUGUGGAGUUCCAAAAUGUUGGUGCAAGCGGAAGUGUUCAAAAGUCUGGUCUAGAUCUUGGUGGUCUGAAUGCAUGCUAUAUUACCAUAAGGGCUUGGAAAAUGGAUGGCCGGUGCACUGAAAUUUCUGUAAAAGCUCAUGCACUGAAGGGUCGACAAUGUGUACAUUGCAGGCUUGUGGUUGGUGAUGGUUUUGUUACAAUCACAAGAGGGGAAAGUAUCAGAAGGUUUUUUGAGCACGCCGAGGAGGCUGAGGAAGAAGAGGAUGAUGAGUCCAUGGACAAGGACGGAAAUGAGCUGGAUGGAGAAUGCUCCCGUCCCCAGAAACAUGCAAAGAGUCCUGAACUAGCUCGAGAAUUCCUUUUAGAUGCUGCAACUAUUAUUUUCAAGGAACAGGUUGAAAAGGCUUUCAGAGAAGGAACAGCGCGUCAAAAUGCACACAGCAUUUUUGUUUGUCUUGCACUAAAACUGCUGGAAGAACGUGUUCAUGUUGCAUGCAAAGAAAUAAUUACAUUAGAGAAGCAGACGAAACUUCUUGAAGAAGAAGAGAAAGAGAAGCGUGAAGAAGAAGAACGCAAGGAGAGAAGGAGAACGAAAGAGAGAGAGAAAAAGCUCCGAAGAAAGGAAAGAUUAAGGGGGAAGGAAAAGGAUCUGGAGAAGAAAUCUUUGGACUUGAACCAUAGCCCUGACGCUCCUGAUAUCUCAAAGGAUGAAUCAUCACCUAGUGUUGACGAAGAGCCUAGAAUUUCCAGCAACACGAAUUUAGUUAGUGAAACAGGUGAUACUAUUCCAUCCAGGCCCCUAUCCCCAGAUGUUCAAGAUGAGCAUUUCCCAAAUGGAUCUAUCAUUUCCAGUGAGCAAAACUUUUCUGAUGAUAGUCCUGAUGUGGAAUUCACCAGUGUGGAAGAUGGGAAAGGUUCAUUCACUGAUCACCCAAAAGUUUCUCGUCGGAAACUGAAAUUUUGGAAAGAAUUUCAGCUAGAUUCAACCUCGAAAUGGUCUGAUAGACGGCGCUUUGCUGUUGUUUCAGAAAGUGGGGGUAUGAUUAGUAAAUAUGAGCCAAGAUAUCAUGGUGAUAGUUCAGAAAUUUCAAGGAGUAUCAAUGGAUUGAAUAAGCAAUUAAGAAAUAUUGCUCCAAAAUUGAACAUUAAAAAUGGUGGUCCUAGGUUCAGUGAGAAGUUUUCUUGUUCCAAUAACAGGACUAAUGACAGAUAUGACAUCUAUGCUUGCAGCUGUAACCAACAUAAUGAUUACAGAGGAAAGGUGGAGGCGCAUGUUUCCACAAAGAGGGUAGGUCGUGAUAUCAGAUCUGCGAGUAAAUCAGAAUCUGCAUCAGAUAUGUCCAAGCCAUUUUAUCGUGGUAACAAGUACAGUCCAACAGAAGACAUGCGUGAAAGUUGUGGGAGACUCAGAAGCAAAAUUAUCACAGCAAACAAUCUUUCUACCAGAGACUUACCUCACAUCAAGAAGGUUUGGGAGCCUAUGGAAUCACAGAAAAAGUAUCCGAGGAGCAACUCAGACUCUGAUGUUACCUUGAGGUCAUCUACUUUUAAGGUUGAAGGUAAUGAACCUAAUAAUCUUCUCAAGUCAGAUGAUUCCGUUUGUUCUGACAAAGUUGCUGGAAAUUUGGAUGAAUUCGUUCAUGCGAAUAACUAUUUAAAGGAACCAAGAAAUGCUAGCACUGGAGUGGACAGAAAUUGCCGGAAUGGGUUCCACAUGGCAGCAAAGGUCCCUAGCUACUCAAAGGAAGCAGUUGAUGAGGAAAUUGAACCAACUCAACUUACUACCUCUUCCUUAAUUGGAACGACAGAUUUAUCUAUCAGUGGCACUUCCAAUUCUGAUAACUGUUCAUCAUGUCUUAGUGAGGGAGACAGCAAUACUGCCUCUUCAAAUGUCCCAAAUCCUGAAUCAUCAUCCACAUCAGAUUCAGAAGAUGCUAGCCAACACUCGGAAGGAAGAGAAACAUCAGUAUGCACUCAAAAUGACUUCCCUGAAUGUCAUGAAGUUACAAGGGAGAAAAAACAGAGUACAGAUGGAGGGGAGCCUUUUAGUAACAGAGCAUUAUCAGGAUCUUCACCAGAAAGCGCUGGAAGUAACUUUCAAGGAAAAUUACCAACAAAAGCUGCCCAAAAUCCUGAUAAUGGAAUAACAAAUGGUCGUGUGGAUUCUCAACAUCAAGGCAUGCUUCCGCCAAUGCAUAAUCAGAGCAUACCCUUUCCAAUGUUUCAAGCUCCUACUGUGGGCUAUUACCAUCAGAAUCCGGUUACCUGGCCAGCUGCUCCUGCUAAUUCAUUAAUGCCCUUCCACUAUCCCAACCACUAUGUAUUUGCUAGCCCUUUUGCAUAUGGUUCAAAUGGGAAUUUAAGCUUCAUGCAGUAUGGUGCCGUACAGCACAUAAGUCCUCCCCUAUUUAAUUCAGGUCAGGUGCCUUAUUACCAGCCAGUUGCCAGAGCAAAUGACAUGAUCUCAGAAGAGCUGACCAAGAUUUCUAAGCAAGGUGGAGUAGAAGAAUCUGAAGCUACCAUGGAGAGGCCAGUUCCAAUAGAACAUCCGAUGGAAGCACAAUCAGGUGGAAACGGUGUGUCAAAUGGAAACUCUGACAAAUCGCACAUGGGAAAUUCAGGCUUUUCCCUCUUCCAUUUUGGUGGCCCUGUAGCUCUUUCAACAGGAGAGAAGUCAAAUUCCAUGCCUUCUGAAGAAGGAAAUACUGGGGAUUCAAAUUCAAAUUCAAGUUCAUCACCAGCUAAUGUUGAGGGUGAUAAUGGUUGCAAUAAGAAAGAUACUAUUGAAGAAUACAACUUGUUUGCAGCGAGUAAUGGUUUAAAAUUUUCGUUCUUCUGAUAUAGUAUUGAGAAGGUAUGAGGUGACUGUUUGAGAUUUCAGUCCCUAUCCGCUUCUUAUUCAACAGAAGUUUGAGCACUUUGUUUUCGUUCUUCUGAUAUAGUAAUGGGAGUUUGAGCACUUUGUAAUUUGGUAAACAAUAAUCUUCCUCCGGAAAAAAAUUUUCUGUCUUAGUUGAUUGGUUUAUUUGAUUUGUUUUGUCUCA